AUGGGAUUCUUCUCGUUUAAGAGCAACGAGAAACUGAAAAGUGGCGCUGAUGGAAGGAAUGCCACCGGAAGUGGAAGUAUCAAACCGUCUGGUCCCACCGAUGGCGACGGCGGAUUCUCAGGUUCGUCCGGCCGUCCUGUUGCACUAACUGCAGAGGAACAUCACGAGGGCGUCGACCCACUAGGAUAUAUGUCACACUUGCCCGUCACUGAUAUCAUAGAGCUCUACACCAGUUUCCGCAACUCACUGCAGGAGUGCCCCGAUCUUGUGCAAAAGAGGUAUUUCGUGAGCACCGUGAAGACUCUUUCCUCCCAAAUGAAACUGAGAGAUUUCAGUGAAAAGAGUAUCAGCACACAUGACGGCACAAAACUGCCGAUAGUUAAGCGUGUCUUGAGGGAAGUUCCUUCCGUGCGCUCGCGGCUAGCACUUGCGUUGCAAAAUUUCUGUCACGUCACCGAUUGGGAGCUGGAAAAUGAGGAAAUCGAGUGCGGAACUGGUCUUCUUGCCACUCUCCGUGGCGAGUCAUCGCGCUUGAGGAGCGGCCAUGAAGUAGAUGAGGGCGAGAGUGCGGCCAGAUUGAUCCCGCGUAUGGAUUCCUUUGAUCCAACCCAUAUAUACAACCUGGUUUCGACAACUGAUAAGUUACCUUCGAUGCAGGAGAUGGCCGAACUGAUCCGGAGGACGAAUGAGUUGCUCCUUCAGGAGGUUAACGUUGUGCUGGUGUCUGCACCAUGCGUUGUGGUAGGUGACAUACAUGGACAGAAAAAGGAUCUCAUAGACAAUGUUCUUGCGGCGGGUGGGCCAAUAGCCCCGUGCGGCACCGAUGCGGUACCCGAGGGUAAACCUGAUGAUGGAGCAGCGAAACCCGCAGGGCGGAAUUACUUAUUUCUAGGGGAUAUCGUCGACCGAGGUCCAGAAAGCUUGGGUUGCCUCGCGCUUUUGUUUGCUGCUAAGCUAAUGGCACCCAAAAGCGUUCAUCUUCUCCGGGGGAAUCACGAGAGCUCUGAGACAAACCGCAAUUAUGGUUUCCUGAGAGAGUGCUGGGAGCGGUACCCGAUUAAUAGUCCGGGGGGCGGUGGUCCUACAGCCUGUACUGGUGGUAACACCGCAAUGGACUGCGUGUGGGAGCUUCAAAGUCAUCCCCUGUGGGUACUGGCGAAUGAGACGUUCCGCAGUCUUCCUCUUUGUGCAGUUGUGACAGGGGAGGCUGCCUCUCCUUCUGCUCUCCCCAAUUGCGGCAAACACAGGGAAGGUGACCGUCAGGGCGGCCUCACUUUGUGUGCGAUGCAUGGUGGCCUUUCGCCUUUCAUCGCCGAGAGUCUCGACGGUAUUUUGGCUGUUAAUCGGUUCCGUGACAUUGUCGAUGGUCCACUUGCGGACCUAACGUGGGCCGAUCCCGUAUCAGCGCUGGCUCUGUUUUCUCCUGGAAAUGUAGCUGCUGCGGCAACAACAGCUGGAAAUGUCGGAAGUGAAUUGAGCGAUACCAACAACGGUGCCCCGCCUCAACAGCAAGAAGGAAGGUUUCAACAUCAUCGCAUGGCCGUCCAGCGCAGUGAACCCGUUCCCACAACCAGCGCGACUGUUGGCCACGUGCUAAGCUCCAGAGGCCGCGGUCACAAUUUCGGUGAGGACGUAACGCUGCGGUUCCUUCGGAAGAAUAAAAUGGAUUUUAUUGUGCGUGCCCAUCAGUGUGUGAUGGAGGGUUAUGAGUGGCAGCACCAGCGGCGGCUUUUGACGCUAUUUUCCGCCCCCAAUUACUGCGGCUGCGGCAACAAGGGUGCUAUUCUCAUCGUACACGAACGCGGAGACCCCGAGCUGGUGCAGUUUGAAGCAGCUGGUAUUCAGAUUUGCGGUGCCAUUGCGGCAGUGAGUCCGAAACCGUCACCGGUCCCACCAAAGGAAUUUUGUAGUUAA